AUGAGUUCUUGGAGACUAAGACCAAGUAUUGUAGCUGCUUCUGUCCUACACUCGGUAAGAAAUUCGUAUCAACUACAAUUCUGUUGUGCACAAGUAUGGGGUGUACGGCUGAAGGGGCCUGGGUAUGUUGCAAUUUUCAGGCCAUUGUCAAUUGUCAUUGCAGCAGUUAUGAGUGCGAUAUUCCUUGGUGAUGAAUUGUAUCUUGGAAGUGCCAUUGGAGCAUUGAUCUUAUCAGCUGAGAUUUAUGCUGUAUUACGGGGAAUAGCUAGAGAAGAAGAGAGGACUGAUGAUGAUGAUUCCGGACUCUUGUCCGGUUCUAAGGUCCCUUAG